UUAAGAAGUCGGCAUGGCGUUCGGGUCAAUAAAAUCGAUAGCUGGAACCUGCCUGUGUUCUAGGCAGCGGUGGUGCAGGAGCAGCGCCGCCAUCUUCCCCGAAGGCAUCUUCCGGUGCCUCUCACCCAAGUUCCAGCGAGAGUUCCCUGAAUAACGGUUGGGGCGGUCUGUGCCGGGCCGCCCGGCCCCUCAGGCAGCCGAUUCAGAUUUCCUCCCGGUCUUCCCGACGGAGCUUCUAGGUCUCCGGGUCCCCGUGGCAAGGCCGAAGAGCAGGUCCGAUGGCGCCACCUUCGGCUCCGCUUCUCCUACGGGCACCCGGAGAGGCUGCACCUACUCGGAAAAGGGGCAGGAAGCCAAGGGCCUUGAAGUUCGCGGACGUGGCCGUGUACUUCUCCUCGGAGGAGUGGGGGUGUCUGCGGCCCGCUCAGAGGACUCUGUAUCGGGAUGUGAUGCGCGAGAACUACGGCCUCCUGGGCGCGCUCGGAUGCGCAGGUCCCAAACCAGCUCUCAUCUCCUGGUUGGAACGAAAUACCGAUGAUUGGGAACCAGCAGCCCUAGAUCCGCAGGAGUACCGGAGAUGGGUAACAUUCCAGAGAAAAACCAGAACCAGGCAGAAGACUGAAGAGAAGGAAGUAUUCCCACCUAAGGAAGCAGCAGCCCGAAAGGGGAAACGAGGGCGGAAGCCCAGCAAACCCCGGCUGAUUCCCAGGCAGACAUCUGGGGGCCCCAUCUGCCCUGACUGUGGCUGUACCUUCCCUGACCACCUCGCCCUGGAGAGCCACAAGUGCGCCCAGAAUCUGAAGAAACCCUAUCCCUGCCCGGAUUGUGGGCGCCGCUUUUCCUACCCAUCCCUGUUGGUCAGUCACCGGCGGGCACACUCUGGUGAGUGCCCUUACGUUUGUGACCAGUGUGGCAAACGUUUUUCCCAGAGGAAAAACCUGUCUCAGCACCAGGUCAUACACACAGGCGAGAAGCCCUACCACUGCCCUGACUGUGGCCGCUGCUUUCGCCGGAGCCGGUCGUUGGCCAAUCACCGGACCACGCACACCGGUGAGAAGCCUCAUCAGUGCCCUAGCUGUGGGCGUCGCUUCGCCUAUCCAUCUCUGCUCGCUAUCCACCAACGGACACACACAGGAGAGAAGCCCUACACCUGCCUAGAGUGCAGCCGUCGCUUCCGCCAGCGCACUGCCUUGGUCAUCCACCAGCGCAUCCACACUGGAGAGAAGCCUUACCCGUGCCCUGACUGUGAGCGGCGUUUCUCCUCCUCCUCUCGCCUGGUUAGCCACCGGCGUGUACACUCUGGGGAGCGGCCCUAUGCCUGUGAGCACUGUGAAGCCCGCUUUUCUCAGCGCAGCACCCUGCUGCAGCACCAGCUCUUGCACACAGGCGAGAAACCCUACCCCUGCCCAGACUGUGGACGUGCCUUCCGGAGGAGCGGCUCCUUGGCCAUCCAUCGCAGCACGCACACGGAGGAGAAGCUGCAUGCCUGUGAUGACUGCGGCCGCCGCUUUGCCUAUCCCUCACUGCUGGCCAGUCAUCGGCGUGUGCACUCAGGCGAGCGGCCCUAUGCCUGUGACCUUUGCUCCAAACGCUUUGCCCAGUGGAGCCACUUGUCUCAGCACCAGCUUCUGCACACGGGGGAGAAGCCUUUCCCCUGCCUUGAGUGUGGCCGGUGCUUCCGCCAGAGGUGGUCCCUGGCUGUCCACAAGUGCUGCCCCAACACCCCCAAUGGUAGCCCUAGACCUCUUAUAGGAGGGCCCAGCCAGAGGAGCAGUGCUCUUUACUGUGACUGGCCCCUCAUUCUCCCUCCGCCCUACAGGAGCUGUCAAAAUGGUGGCUCCUGUCAGAACGGCCAUACCUCUCCACCUCUUCAGCCUGCAGCCUUCAUGGGAGCUGUCCACGGUGGCACACCUCUCUUCCCAGCUCAGCAGGAGCUGUCCCACAGGAGCGAAACGAACAUCAACACUCCUGAAGCGGCUAUUGUAUUUAAGGGCAAAUGGGGCGCCGCGGGCAGUGGAAGUCCGAAAGGCUGUAGCGUUCUCUCCGCACGCGUUGCUAGCAACUGUGACCAAGGGGCGUGGCAAGGGCGUGGCUUCCCGCGGUUGCGGAGGCCGGAAGCGGAAAGCUGGGGCAGCCAAGCCGCUGCCCGGGCAGGAUCCCCGAUGGCGCCACCCCCGGCCCCACUGCUGGUUCCGAUGCCUGGGGAGAUCUGGCCUGGUUUCAGGAAGCCUGAGCUUGUGAGCUUCGCGGACGUGGCCGUGUACUUCUCCCCGCAGGAGUGGGGGUGUCUGCGGCCCGCGCAGAGAGCCCUGUACCGGGAGGUGAUGCGCGAGACCUACGGCCUCCUGGGCGCGCUCGGGUUCCCAGGCCCCAAACCAGCCCUCAUCUCUUGGAUGGAACAGGAGAGUGAGGCUUGGAGCCCCGCCGCCCAGGAUCCUGAGGAGGGGGAAAGCCUGGGAGGAGCUCUGAGAGGAGACACUCCACAUGAGACGGCGCAGGGCUGCAAGGAAGGAAGAGAGAGGCCAGCAGAGGCUCCUACUCAGUUGCAACCUAAAGAGGUAGUUGAACAUAAGACUUAUUCCAUGACUACCAAGUCCUCUGCAGGGACACAGCCACCUACCAAAGCUGCCCCAGACCAGGUAGCAGGUGUGCAGCUUCCUGUCCAGGUACCGAACACUGAUAUUCAGGCCAGCCAGCGACGUCACGUGUGUGUGGACUGUGGACGCCGGUUUACCUACCCAUCUUUGCUGGUCAGCCACCGGCGCAUGCACUCUGGUGAGCGACCCUUCCCCUGCCCAGAGUGUGGUGUACGCUUCAAGAGGAAGUUCGCAGUGAAAGCACACCAAUGGAUCCACCGUUCCUGCUCAGGGGGUCGCCGCGGCCGAAGGCCUGGGAUCAGGGCUGUGCCUGGAGCCCCAGUCCGAGGUGACCGGGACCCACCAGUGCUCUUUCGGCACUAUCCAGACAUCUUUGAGGAGUGUGGGUGAGUUGAACAGCUACCUCCAUCUGGAGGUCUGGAGUCUGGAGUGGAACAUGAACUUGGCACUAAGAGACAACUGAGUCAAGACUUCUUGAGGAUCUCUUGUAAACUUGUAAAAAGAAAUAUGCCUGUAAAGAUUCAUACAGAUUAAACCUGACACCUCCCCUCC